AUGACAUAUGGUGACAAUUUUCACAUUCAAAGAGAGAGUAUGAAUAUCAAAACUUUUGAAGAAUGGAGUAAAAAACAAACUGGUAUAUUUGAAACAAUUUUACAGGAUUGCUGUGAUAGAAUUAUUUUAUUCGACAACUACAACAGAGAAGAAAACUCAAGAACACUUGUAACUGAUCAGCUGAUAAAUGCAAUAGAUCUGUUAAAUGUUAAUCCGUACACUCUAAAUGAUUUUCAAAGUGCGUCUCAAUCACGGCUAUCAAUUGUAGUAGAGCUGAAAAUACCUCGCUUAAGAGAGAAAAUACUUCAUUCAAAACAAAGACUGCUAGAUGACUACGUUAAGGCAAAGCAUUUAGAUAAUGAUAGAACAAUGUUUAAUUUAGAAAUUAUUGUUCAUUUAGCCAAACAUUUGCAAGAAAAAAUAAACCGAAAAUUAAAGGACACUAAUAUACAAUUGGAAGAAACAAAAGUCAUCGAAGAAUUUAUUAAUAAAUUAAAACAAGAUUUGCUUAAAGGACUGGAGAAGAAAGAAAAAGAGAUUGAGUCUGCCACGUUGUUUGAGACGACGAAAAAGGAAACAACAGAAUCUAAACUACGACAACUUGAAAAGCAACUAGAAAUGGCCAACGAAACUGCUGCCAAGGCCAAAGAAUCUGAAAGGAAUAUCAUUGAAGAAAAUGAGAAAAUUAAAAAGGAACAAUGGAAAUCUAAUAAAACCGAGGCGGAACUUCGAUUACAACUAAAACAAAAAUGCGAGGAAAUACAAACACACAUCCAAGAAAUAAAGAUUAUAAAGAAAAAAGCUGAGGAAGAUUCCGCUAAAAACGAUGAAAAACAAAAUGAGGAGCAAGCUAUUAGAAAUAAAAUCGCUACAUUAAAAUCAAAAUUAAAAAACAUCAAGGAGGAGAAAAAUGAAAUGUCAAAGCGAAUAAAAGAUCAGGAAAAUAGCAUUUCAAAGCUAAUAAAUGAAAUACGUGAAGCAAAACAAGAAGCGGCAUCAAUGAAAAUUAAAAUAGAUGAAUAUGAAAAAGACAAACGUUCUAAGUCGGAAGACUCCGACCGUAUAAAAGACCUUAGCAAACAAUUAGAAGAACAACAAAGUGAUUUGAAAAGAGCGGAUGAAAUGCAAUCUCAGACAGAAAUAAUUAUGUCAUUAAAUAAAACCAUAGAAAAACUACACAGAAAGAUAGAGAAUCUUACGAGCAAAUUAGAAGAUUGUAACAUAUCAUUCAAAUACCUUCAAGAUGAAAAUGAAAAAUUAAAAACGGUCAUUGAAAAGAGGUUCGUAGCAUAUAAAUAA